CCCGCUGCCGGCGGUGCCGGUGACGAUGGUGGCCAGCGGGCGGGCGCGGAAGCUGGCCCGGCGGUACCGGCUGGCGGUGGCCACGGCCCUCGCCAUCCUCCUGCUCCAGGGGCUCGUCCUCUGGACCUCCGCCGGCCUCGACGAGGAGGGACCGGCAGAGGAGCGGCAGAAGAAAGCCAGGUUGCCCGAGAGCAGUGAUGGCUCCAAGGACUCAGACAGCUCUGCCGGGCGCCGGGGCAGUGCCAGCAGGAAGCACGGGCGAUGGCGGGGACGGCCGGACAGCCCCGGGGCACCGGUGUCCAAGGUGGUGAGAGCUGUCACGGCGAGACACAAACUGGGACGGAGGCUGCCGGCCGCACCGGACUCCUCCAGCCGCAGGAACCUGACGGAGCUGCAUGGGGAGGCCCAGUUGGCCAUCUUCCAGCAGGGUGACACGGGCAGUGUGGAGGGGGCUCCGCAGCCCACCGAGAACAGCUUCACCCCCAAGUGUGAAAUCACAGGCAAAGAUGCCCUCUCGGCGCUGGCCCGGGCCAGCAGCAAGCAGUGCCAACAGGAGAUUGCCAACGUGGUGUGUCUGCACAGGGCUGGCAGCCUCAUGCCCCAGGCUGUGCCUCGCCACUGCCAGCUCUCAGGCAAGGUCAGCCCUGUCAUCCAGUGGGACGAGAGCCGGCUGCAGCAGGGCCCCCCCAGCCAGCCCGUGCGAAUCGCAUACAUGCUGGUUGUGCACGGCCGGGCCAUUCGCCAGCUGAAGCGACUCAUCAAGGCUGUGUACCACCAGCAGCACUUCUUCUACAUCCAUGUUGACAAGCGCUCCAACUACCUCCAUCGGGAGGCGGUGGAGCUGGCCCGGCACUAUCCCAACAUCCGAGUGACACCCUGGCGCAUGGUGACCAUCUGGGGAGGUGCCAGCCUGCUGAAGAUGUACCUGCGGAGCAUGAAGGACCUGCUGGAAUUGACUGAGUGGCCCUGGGACUUCUUCAUCAACCUGAGUGCCACUGACUACCCCACGCGGACCAAUGAGGAGCUGGUGAUGUUCCUGUCCAAAUACCGAGACAAGAACUUCCUGAAGUCUCACGGCCGAGACAAUGCCAGGUUCAUCAAGAAGCAGGGCCUGGACCGCCUGUUCCACGAGUGUGACUCCCACAUGUGGCGGCUGGGCGAGCGCCACAUCCCCGAGGGCAUCGUGGUGGAUGGGGGCUCUGACUGGUUCUCACUGACACGCAGCUUCGUGGAGUAUGUGGUCUACUCUGAGGACCAACUGGUGUCCCAGCUGCGCCAGUUCUACACCUACACACUCCUGCCAGCUGAGUCCUUCUUCCACACGGUCCUGGAGAACAGCCACGCCUGUGAGACAUUGGUUGAUAACAACCUCCGGGUGACCAACUGGAACCGCAAGCUGGGCUGCAAGUGCCAAUACAAACACAUCGUCGACUGGUGUGGGUGCUCCCCAAAUGACUUCAAACCCCAGGACUUCCUCCGGCUACAGCAACUCUCCAGACCAACCUUCUUCGCUCGCAAGUUUGAGUCGACGGUGAAUCAGGAGGUGCUGGAGAUCCUGGACACACAUCUCUACGGCAGCUACCCCCCCAGCACCCCAGCCCUGAAGGCUUACUGGGAGAAUGUCUAUGACCGUGUAGAUGGGCUCAGUGGCCUCAGCGAUGUCACCCUCACCUUCUACACAGCCUUCUCCAGGCUUGGGCUCCGCAAGGCCAUGGCCACGCCAGCAGCCAAGGCUGACAAGCUCUGCAGGUUUGAGCCCCAGGGCUUCCCAUCCAGUGUGCACUUAUAUUUCUAUGAUGACCGUUUCCAGGGUUACCUGGUGAUGCAGGAAGUGCUGAAUUUGGCAACUGGGCAGGCAGAGUCCCUGGAAGCGUGGGUGAUGCCCCAAGGAGCUCUAAAGCUGGUGGGUCACAGAGGGCAGGCAAACCGCUUGCAGAACCUUGAGGUGGGCACAGAGUGGGACCCCAAGGAAAGGCUCUUCCGCAAUUUUGGAGGCUUGAUUGGACCUUUUGAUGAGCCAGUGGCCAUGCAGAAGUGGUCACGGGGCCCCAACCUGACAGCCACGGUGGUGUGGAUCGACCCCACCUACGUUAUUGCCACCUCCUAUGACAUCACCGUGGAUGCUGAGGCCGAGUUCACCCAGUACAAACCCCCCCUCAAUCGGCCCCUGCGCCCCGGGGUCUGGACCAUCCGCCUCCUCCAGUUCUGGGAGCCCCUGGGGGAGAACCAGUUCCUGGUGGUGCCCCAGACUUUCAACCGCAAGCAGCCUCUCAGGAAAGAUGACAGCAACUGGCUGCACGGUGGCCCCCCCCGCAAUGAGUACAUGGAGCAGAGCUUCCAGGGCCUUGGGGGGAUCCUCAACCUGCCCCGCUCUGAGGAGGCAGAGGAGGAGGCAGCGAGGAAGGCACAGCUGACGGGACGGGCGCUGGAGGACUGGUCAGACGCUGCCAUCAGCACCUUCUGGUCUGCAGCAGAGAUCUGCACUGGUGGCUCCUCUGCCUGUGCCUCCCUGGAGACCUGCAGCAAAACCUCCUGGAGCUCCCUCUCCCCAGACCCCAAAUCAGAACUGGGGCCUGUCAAACCUGACGGGCGGCUGAGGUAGCAGGAGCAGCGGGGGGGUGGCCUUGGAGCCAGGAGCAUCUUCCCCCACUGGUGUGGUGGGGGCUCCAGACCACAUCACCCCGUGUGAUUCGCACCAUAGUCACUCAAGGAAGAGAGAAUGGGAACCUCUGGGUGGGGAACACCUCCCGUGGGGUAUUUUGGGCGGAGGAGGAGGAGGCAUGAGGUUGGUUUUGCCCAGCUCCCCCAGGAACGGGUGCUUGCUGGCCAAGGAGAGCAUGCCAGGGCAUCCAGAAAGAGCUGCAUGUUUGUUAGUGCAGGCAUUGGAGCCUUGGGAAGUGUGAUGGAGGGAGGGAAGGCUGGCCAUGGGCUGGCUUUGGACAACCCAGCACCCUUUCCAACCCUGGGCUGUACCUCUGCAAGUUCAGGCCCCUGUGUGGCCCAGCUGCCCACCAGAAGUGAUGGUGAGGAACUGUAGGGACAGGCAGAAGCAGGAUGGGUUGAAGCCUGUCAUAUGCAUAGAGCUGCUGCUGGCCCAGGGCUUGCAUCUCAUCCCCUCCACCCCACCCCUUUAGUUUGUAUUUUUAUAAAUAUAUAUAUAGAAAUAUAUAUGAUGCAAAGUGCAAUAGAGAUGAGACCCCUUGUUGGGGUCCUUGUGUCUCCAUCUCCCCUCAGUUCUCUUGGGUGUCCUGGUGCUACAGGACAGGGUGCUGGGUUGUUUACAUUUUUUCUUUUUUAUCAGUAGUAUUUUUAUUGUUUUGCUGUUUCUCCAUUUCCUGCAUCCCUCCUGCCCCGUGGGCAGGGUUUGGUGUGGGGUGCUGCCUGUGCCCUCCUGUGCCAAAUGUUUGGAGCUGUUGGUCUGUGCUGUGACAGCGAGCUGGGCAGUGCCUUCAAGUCCAGCCAACCCCUGCAGACCCUGCUGCCUCUGCUCCAGGAAAGGAGUUCCCUGCCAAAAUGCCAUCCACAGGGCCCAGGGAGCUGCCCUGAGCCACAGCCCCUGUGCUCAGCCUUUUCUUUUCUCCUGCACUGGCAGAAGCUCUUGGGAUCUGCUGUGCUUCCCUGGCCAAAAAAUC